GUUUUAAGAAUUCGGGUGUAUGGCUAUUUAUAAGGAAUCAAUAUAAUUAUUAUGAGAAUUACCGAUAAGAGUCCGAAAUUCGUUUCAUAUUUUAUCGAAAUUUUGGGGGGGAAUUAAGUUGACUUUGGCAACAUUGAAGGUUGUACAGUACUCGUCCGUCCAUUUUGAAUCGUUGGCGGAAGGUCGUUGAACAGUCGCGAGUUCCACAGGAAGGUUCCUUAAAUUAUACAGGUAAUCAUUGUAAAUAUUGUAAUAAAAAGUGCACCGACGAAGUGAUGAGCGUGUAAAUAAGUUGGAUCAUCAAAAAUUUGUUCAUUUACGUUCAUAGGUACAGUGAAUUCGCCACCGCCAACCACACCGGACAAGACAAACAACUUUUACAUCGGAAUUGGCCAAACCCCCGGAUAAGACUACUUAAUACCCGGACAAGACUACUUCUCGGCUAGACAAGACUACGGUCUAGACAAACAACAGAAUGGACGACAUUCUUUUAGCAAGGCUUAGGCUCAUUAACGACAAACUCACAACGGACUUAGAAGUAAUUCCGGGUACUGUUAAUUUAGAAAAUUUAGUGCAGGCUCAGAUCACAUACAGUAAAUUAGAAGCAACACUGAAAAGACUUAGCGGAGACCUGACGGAGUACUUUAGGCUGGCUUCGACACCCGCAUCUGAUGAAAUCUGCUUGAUAAGUGGACUUCAACUUCAAGCAGAGGAGACUUUAGCUGAACUUAAGGUGAAGAUUGACCAGAUAUCUACAUCAAGCAAACCAUCAGAGAAGCUGACUGAAGCGAACUCCUCGUGCAGACUUCCUAAGCUCCAGCUGCCGGUGUAUAAUGGGGAUGUACUGGCGUGGUAUGAAUUUUGGGAUGCCUUCAGAAGCAACAUCGAUGCAAGGAACCUGCCGGAUGUUGACAAGCUUUCUUAUCUUAAGACUUCAGUCACGGGAGAUGCCAAAAAAGUCAUUGACGGUCUAGCGACUACAAGCACCAACUAUGCUAUUGCCGUUACGAUACUGAAGGAAAGGUUCGGGAAAACUUCACAUCUUAUAGACGCGCACUAUGCAACAUUAUAUAAAAUUAAGAUGGCCAAAGGCAGUGCGGAUGACUAUAGAAGGACUUUCAACGAAAUCGAAAGGAAUCUUAAGAUUUUAGAAUCACUAGGUGAGAACAUUAACCACAACCAUCUGCGCUUCAUGCUACUAGAGAAGUUUCCUUCUGAUCUAGUAUACGAAAUAAAACUUAAAGUUAAGGAUGAUUCCAUUCAAGAACUGAGAAGCCACCUGGAUAAAAUCAUCACUGCCAAAGAGGACGCGGAAAGGAUAUCGGGUAGGAAACGCCCUCAAGAGACAGAAGCUAGUACGGUCGGGACUCUUCAUGUGAAGGCAAAACGUGCGAGAUACGCAAACCAGUCCCAACUACAACACAGUAACCAGAGUAAACAAAACCAUCAGGGACGCUUUGAUAAGAGACCGGUACUAAAGAAGUUUAAGGGUUUCAAGAAAUAUGACAAUAAAGGAAACAGACCAAACCAAACUUCAACUUCAAACAAAGAUCAGGCAGAAACUCAGCGAAGUACUCCAGGGGCUAAGAAGGGAUUGGUGUGUAUAUUUUGCGAAGGGGGCCAUUAUAAUGAUAGUUGCCCUGAAGCAUCUACUUUAGCAGAAAGGAAGAAACGACUUGCAGGACGAUGCUACAUCUGCUUCAAAGGAUACAACGGAGAAGAGUCAGUCCUGACGGUUCUAGAAGAGGGAAUCACAGCACUCCAAACGGCAACAGUUUAUGCAAGCCCCAUAGAUGAUAAGAAUAAACAAUUUAAAUAUAGGCUUCUUUUAGAUCCAGGUUCCCAACGCUCUUAUGUAACAUUCCGGACUGCAAAGGAAUUAAAACUUCCCGUCGAAGAAGAGAGUCAUCUAGUAGUAUUCACCUUCGGCGACGAUCCUCCCAGAGAGAUACAUAGCCCAAUAGUCACCCUUCAUCUACUAUCUAGAACAAACAAGAACAUAGUAAUACAGGCUAACUGCGUAGAGCAUAUCUCCAGAGGUUAUAUACCUAAUGUCAAGAUGAAGAACUUACCGGAGUCAUAUACACUAGCGGACGACGGGUCGCUAAGCGGACCGGUACAGAUCUUGGUUGGAAACGAAUAUUACUGCAACAUAACUUACGAGAAAAAGGUACAACUGGAUAGCAAUUUGUUUCUAAUCGACUCUGCACUUGGUUGGAUAAUUAGUGGUAGAGCAGAACCACAGCUUAGAGACGAGUCGUACGUAGUGACUUACACUCAGACUUGCAUUGAAACGAAGCUUCAUCAGCCAGAUCCACCUCUUUGUAAUGGAGACAUAAAGAGCCUUUGGGAACUAGAAUGUAUAGGUAUUAGUGAUUCCCCAAGAGCAACUAGAGAAGAAGAAGCCAUCAAAUAUUUUAAUGAUACAACUUUAAAAUUAAAUAAUCGUUACACGGUAAGCUGGCCUUGGAUAACUUAUCCACCGGAUUUACCUAAUAAUUUUGGAAUGGCUUUUGGUCGUUUAUCAAGCUUAUUGAAGCGUAUGGAUCAAGAUACGUUAUUAGCAUACAGCGAUACGUUUAAAGAACAAUUAGAUAAAGGUAUAAUAGAAGUUGUACCUACUUCAAGAACGUCAACGGGUAACGUCGUUCACUACUUACCUUUCCAUGGAGUACGUCACCGAAGAAAACCUAUGAGAAUAGUUUAUGAUGCUAGCUCUAAGAGUAGCAAAGACACCAAGAGUCUGAACGAAUGUUUGUACAGAGGACCACUCAUGUUAGAAGACCUCACUGGCUUACUUAUAAAAUUUAGAACUCAUCGGAUAGGUUUAACCUCAGAUAUUGAAAAGGCGUUUUUACAGAUGGCGUUACACAAGAAGGAUCGUGAUGUAACCAGAUUCUUGUGGCUCAAAGAUACCUCUAAACCGGUAUCUCAAGACAACCUACUAUACCUUAGGUUUUGUAGAGUUCCAUUUGGCGUCAUUUCAUCACCGUUUUUGCUUAAUGCGACUAUUAAGCACCACCUGUCCAACGCAGAAGAUCAGCAAGUCAGACAGAAAGCAAAUGACAUAUAUGUGGAUAACUUUGUUUCGGGUACCGACACUACGGAUGAGGCGAUGAAACUCUACAAAAAUCUAAAAGGAUCUUUUCAAGACAUUUCAAUGUCACUCAGGGAUUGGAGUUCGAAUUCUAGGGAAUUUAUGAAGAAAGUCUCUGAUACAUGUAAAGAAGAUAAAGUAAAGGUACUUGGUUUGGAAUGGGACAUCAAAAAGGAUACUCUCCAGUUGAAACCUAACUUACAAGAAGAAGCUGUCACGAAAAGAGGAAUACUGAAAACUAUUGCAUCAAUCUACGAUCCAUGUGGUUAUGCAGUACCUUAUACCCUAUCAUGUAAACUCUUUUUACAAGAGCUUUGGAAAGCUGGAGUGUCAUGGGACUCACCAUUAUCAAGCGAACUAACGGAAGAAUGGAACAAGAUCCGACAGAACUUAGAAGCCAUUAGGAAGGUGUCGGUGGACAGAUGCUACAUGAAGACACCAGUGGGAAAAGGCUACCAACUACACUGUUUCACCGAUGCCUCUCUACAGGCUUAUGCAGCAUCAGUCUUUUUAGUUUGCGGCUCGGAGAAAAGCUUCAUUAUUGGUAAAUCCCGUCUGAUACCAAUAAAGGAUCAGGAGAGUCUCAAGAUACCCCGUCUUGAACUUUUAGGAGUACUGAUUGGCAGUAGACUGAUAAAGUUUGUUCUUAAGUUUCUCCAGCAGAAGAUAGUAAGGCAAGUCUUAUGGACCGACAGCCAGAUCGUCAUAGAAUGGUGCAAAUCUGACAAGCUAUUGCCACCCUUCGUUGCCAGGCGGAUAGAAGAGAUCAAAACAAAUAAAGAUCUGGAGAUCAGAUACCUUCCAUCAGACCUAAAUCCAGCUGACGUCGGCACCAGACCCACCUGUUCAAGAGAGGACAGGGAGAAAUGGCUGAGUGGUCCACAAUUUAUAGUUCAAGAUCCGAAGACGUGGCCAACAACUUCUGGCGGUGGACCAACCAGUUCUCUCUUGAUUGGGGAGGGUCUUGGGAUCCAAGAAGACGAAGAACUGAUGGAAAUAGUUGAUCCAGACAUACACAAUGUUAGUCCGAUGGAAACGGAGGAGAGUACAACUACAAAGGAAGUAGCGAGUCAAGACAAUGAUCAGAUGCCGGAUCAGUUACUAAAUUUGAAAGAAAUUCAAGCUGAAUACUUUCCUCUAGAGGUAGAAGGAAAGGUAACUAGUCUAAGUUUGAAUUUAGGCGUAUUUAAAGACAUAGAUGAGUUACUGAGGUGUAAAGGUCGUAUGAAACACGCAGACUGGUCAUUUGAUAAACGCUACCCUAUACUUAUACCGAAAGAUUCAGAUUUCACCAACGAAAUUAUAAUGAAGACUCAUCAAGAAAAUAAGCAUGUUGGAGUAAGUCACACGCUAGACAAGAUAAGGGAAACUUACUGGAUACCACAAGGAAGAAGCCAAGUUCAGAAGAUUUUGAGGAAGUGCUCCGAAUGUAUGAAGCAUGACGGAGGGCCAUAUAAACUACCGGAAACUCCUGCGUUACCAAAAGAGAGGGUCAAUUAUAGCUCUCCAUUCACAUACGUUGGUACCGACUAUCUGGGACCACUUCUAGUUAACAAUGGGAAUGGCAAUUGUAAAAGGUGGAUUAGCCUCUACACAUGCUUAGCCGUAAGAGCCAUUCACUUAGAAGUUGUAAAGGACUUAACUGCGGAAGAAGGUUUAAUGGCCUUACGUAGAAUGAUUUCAGCAAGAGGUGUACCUACCUUAAUAACGUCUGAUAAUGCGGCUCACUACAAGUUACUCUCAGAGAUUCUUCAGAACCCAUACUGCGUAGAGAAAGAGAUAAAAUGGAAAUUUAUACCACAAUUAGCACCAUGGCAUGGAGGAUUCUAUGAGAGAUUAGUUGGUUUAGUUAAAAACUGUAUGAAGAAAACAUUACAGAAACAUUUGUUGAAUGACACCCAGCUAGUAACAGCGGUGAAAGAAAUAGAAGCAGUUCUUAACACAAGACCCUUAACUUACGUAGAUUCAGAGCCGGAUCAUGUACUAAAACCUUCAGACUUUCUUACCAUGGGAAAGUGUAUCAUUAUGGAAACUUCAGAUAAGGAUCCUACAACGUCGCAAGGGACGGUGACUAAGGACCACUUAAUUAAAGGUUGGAAGAAAGCACGGAUAAUUCUACGAGAAUUUAAAGAGAUGUUUGAGAACCGGUAUCUCCUAAAUUUGAGAGAAAGAUAUUCCCACCAUCCUAAAGAACCUAGAGUAACAUCAAAGUUAGCACCUAAGAUAGGUCAAAUCGUGCAGAUUAAAGGUGACACGAAGAACAGGAUAAAUUGGAAAGUUGGGAAAAUAGUAUCUUUAAAGGAAGGCGCCGACGGUUUAUGUAGGGUCGCCAAGGUACGAGUAGGAGAUACAGAGUAUACAAGAUCUAUCGCGCAUCUCUACCCGCUAGAGAUCGAAGAUGGAGAAGAGCAGUGCAAACAAACAUCAUCUUAUGACGAAAGUGUUGAAGAACCGGUGCAGCUUCCUGAUCUUCCACGUCCAUCAGGCAAGGAUGACCAGACAGUGGAAUCCCUCAACGACGUUGCUGAGCCUUCAUCUGAGCAGAGAUUCACUCAUGAAGUUAGAGGUCAGCAAGAAGAAGUACAGCCUCAUGCCUCGCCAGUAGAGGGAAAGUGUUCCUCUAAACAAGCGGUUGAGUUUAUGUCUAGUGAGUUAAACGAGCCUAAGCCUAAGUCUAUGUCCGAACCAGAGCCACUCGCGGUCGUCGACCUCGAGUUUUACGACCAGAAUGAUCCCGAGUCACACCACCUAGAGGAAGUUACGCCAGAAGGACAACACGAAGAAUCAAGACCUAAGAGAGCGGCAGCUCUCCGAGCCCUUGAGAAGAUCAAGGAAUGGACCAGCAAUUUAGUCGCCGUGCUGCUGCCUGAGGCGGGGUGUGUCGCGACAGGCGCGAAUAUCUAA